GGCCGCGGCACUUACUAUGAUGUCGGAAACGACAACUGUGGGACCGUCUCUACCAAUAGCGAAUACGUAGUGGCAAUUGCCCAAUCAUUGUACGAGACCGAGGCUGGCACAGAUGAUAUCAGUGGCUACUGCGGUAAGUACAUCAAUGCCAGCUACGACAACAAGUCUGUUAGAGUCAGAGUGGUUGACUCCUGCGAAUCUUGCACCGACAAUGACCUUGACUUUUCCCCAGCGGCCUUUGAGCAAUUAGCCAACAAGGAUGUCGGUGUUAUCCAAGUUACCUGG